UCUUGCUCGACCUUUGCUGUUUACACCAUGAAAAGUUUUAGUUUUACCUAGUCAUUUGAAGAUUGUGACAAGUGUUACCUCUCCUGCCAUGGCUUCUCCUGACGACCACGUCCUUGAAAAGACGCCCUUCAACGCUGCUGAUAGUGCUGAUAGCACAUCAGCUCCAGAUUCCAAAGCGUCUGAAAACCCAGCAGACACAAGCACUGAAGCUGAGGCUGCACCGGAGCAGCAAUUUCCAGGCCCUUUCAAAUUUGCAUUAGUUACUUUUUCAUUAUGCCUAAUCAUCUUUGUUAUUACUUUGGACAGCACCGUCCUGGCAACAGCAGUCCCCGUGAUUUCCGACCAGUUCAAUUCCAUCAAAGACAUUGGUUGGUACAGUAGUGUGUAUUUUAUGACCACGUCCAUCACGCAGUUGCUGUAUGGAAAGCUCUAUACUUGGUACCCCAUUCAAUAUAUCUACACAGUGGCCAUGGUAUUUUUCUUGGCUGGCUCGGCCAUUUGUGGCGCGGCUCCAAACUCUCCAGCCCUGAUUGUCGGCCGUGCUGUGGCAGGAAUUGGAUGCUCGGGCUUGCUCGUUGGCACCUUUUCUCUUGUGCCUUUCAUUGCCCAUCCGUCAAAGGCCCCUUUGUUCAUGGGAUUGAUCGGUGGCACAAUGGGCAUUGGAUAUGCCACUGGACCAUUGAUUGGUGGCGCAUUCACCGAGCAUGUCACCUGGCGAUGGAAUUUCUACAUUAAUCUUCCAAUUGGCGCGUUCAGUUAUGGCAUUUUCCUGCUGUUUGUGCGCCCGCCCAAGCCCCAGACCAAGCCUCCUUCUCUGGUUGAAUUCUUCAAGGGAUUCGACUUCAUCGGCCUCAUUACCCUCACUGGAAGCGUCAUAUGUCUCCUUCUAGCGCUGCAAUGGGGUGGGGCUACCUACCCCUGGAAUAGUGGCAGGAUCAUCGCUCUGCUCGUCAUUUUUGCUUUACUGGGAAUUGCAUUCAUCGCUCUGGAGCUCUGGCAAGAUGAAAGGAGUAUGUUGCCUGCACGUGUCCUCAAACAACGCAGUGUAGCCGCCGCUUGUCUCUUCUGCUUCUGCUCAAGUGGUGCCUCAUUCUUGCUGCUUUAUUACAUUCCAAUUUGGUUCCAAGGAGCUCUAGGAACGAGUCCCUUCGGCUCUGGUGUGGACACCCUUCCUCUGGUCAUUGCCAAUGCUGUAUCAUCAUUGCUUGGUGGUAUUCUAAUCGGAAUGGUGGGGUACAUCUGGCCGUUCCUUGUUUUCUCCUCCACGUUCAUCUCCCUCGGAGCAGGUUUGUUCACCACAUUUUCGAUUAACAUCGGCACUGGAAAAUGGAUUGGGUACCAAAUCAUCUAUGGCUUGGGUAUGGGUCUUGCCGCUCAAACGCCCGUUAUGGUCGCCCAAAAUGUGCUUGAUUUGGCGGAUAUUCCGAUUGGAUCAGGUAUUGUGAUGUUUGUUCAGACUAUGGCAGGUGCAAUCCUCACUGCUGUUGCUCAAUCCCUCUUCAUCAAUCAUCUAGACCGAAACAUCGAAAAGACACAUGUCUCCGGUAUCGACACCAGUAAAAUCAUGAGCGGAGGUGUCACCACUCUGACCAAGGGGCUACACGGGGCAGACAAGACCACCAUCCUCAAUGCCUUUAAUAAGGCAAUGGUGGAUAUGUGGUUGUUGCCUCUGGCUUUAUGUUGCAUUAGUAUCAUUGGUGCUCUGACCGUUGAGCGACGUAAAAUUCGGGGGCACGAGAAGGAGACUAAGGAGGAGUCGGCGUCGGCGUCACCGUCAGUGGAGGCUUGAGGCUUGGCAUAGUAUAUUGGAUCAUACUGUUGGACUUGAGAUUGGUUUUGGAUAGUCAUUGAUGGUUGUUGGCGGAGUUUGUAUGGCUUGUCUGUAUCCCGCCCACGCUCUCUAGAGGGUUUCUUUUGUUUAUUUAUAUCUUGAAUCGUUUAAUAGUCACUUACACACAUGGUUUAUUGGGUUAAAAAUCUAAAGAAAAAAAAUUUGAUUUCAUAAAA